GUGACUGUUAUUUAGGGAAAGAGAAGGUGAGGGAGGGCUGGGUCGGAGAGUGGGGGAGUAGUAGGGACACGGCUCAACUUACCCCGCUCCUAUGGUCAACUUACCCCAUACGCGGGGAAGUUGACCACAGGAGACCACUUUUUUCUCUUUUGUUUAUACUGAUUCUGUUGGUUUGCAGGGAUGCACAACAUCUCAAAUAUUUGCAGAUUCACUAGUUGGAGACAAAACUAUGAUUGCCUUGAUGAAGUGAUCUGAAAUAUGAAAAAUGGCUCAUCUUACCCCACUCUCCCCUAUAUUAUGUUUAUGGAUGAACCGCUCUCAGUUAUGAUUAAAGCUUUCAUGAACAUGCAGAUUUUCAUAUAUUGUAAUACAUUCAAGUUUCAAAAUGUCUGUCAAUAGAUGUUUUUCGUCAAAUAUUUAGUAUGUUUUAGUAUAAUUUUGGGUAGUAAUGUUGAAAGGUCUGGUUGUAUUCCUUAAAGUCCUGCACUGCCCCCUGCUGGCUCACCCCAGUGACUGCAUUUUCUCAUUACAUCAGUGCGUCCUCCGUUGCUAGGUAAUCCUCCCGGAAGGACCAAGCCCAGAAAAACGUCGUUUCAUGCCAGUGAGACAUUUCUCGUUUUAAAUUUGCCGGAAUUUUAACGUUAUAACGCAGUAUUUCUUUUUUAAAGGUAUCUUUUUCCUUUCACAAACGGAGACUUUUAUUGUGAAGAGUAUUUUCACAGCGGUGGGCGUUGCCAGAGUGUGCAGCUUCACGACGCUGGGAUCAAUAAAUGUAGCUGUUAGCAAUAAAACUGCUAACAUGAGAGGAGUUCAUAGUUGUUAGCUGGAGCUAUGGUCGCUGCGGUUGCUGCCGGAAGACUGCCCUGCUGUACACCACCAUGAAUUUAUCCAGCUGAAGAUACCUCGGUCAAACUGCAUCACUGUCAGGGUGAUGUCCGCCCAGUCUCUGCAGCAGCAGCAGCAGCAGUAGUACAGGGAGGAUUCAGCAGCCUGCUAACUGAGCCAGCCCGGCUAGCUGCUGCUGAUGACUGGCUGUUUCCUGACAUUGAUUUGUAGGUAGGUGACUUGCUUUGAUGCAUGGUGGCUGCAUGUCUUUCUCCCCCCACUUCCCUGUGCAUUGUUCUAUCUAGCGUCUCGUCUGCUUAUUCAUCUGCUUUUCCACUUGUUUACCUUUUGUUUUGUGCUCCACCCUAGUGGGAGGCACCAUGGCCGGUAAGGUGAAGUGGGUGACAGAUAUAGAGAAAUCUGUGCUCAUCAACAACUUUGAGAAGAGGGAAUGGACACAAGUCACAGAAAACGACGACUGGAAUUUUUACUGGUAGGUGUCUGCCUUCUUUGCAGCUGCAUCUUUGGAUCAUAUUUCAUGCAAAGAUCCUAUAAAUAAAGACAGAAAGAAGUACUUGUGUCUCCUGCUAUUGGUUAAGAACUAACUAAAAGUGUGAAAAUAAUCAUACUAAAAUAAAACCCCUCACUUUGUUUGUAAAUUUCAGAUAACCCCCUAAAGUAAUAUUUUGUUAGAUUUUAUAACAUUAUUAUAACACAGAAUUGAUGAUGAACAUCAUUCUACCACAGUAAACUGGGGAUAGAGCCUUCUCCGCUGCUGCCCCCACCCUCUGGAAUUUCACUCCCCAAACCCAUCCGAGACUGUACAAUCAAUCAAUCAAUCAGUCUUUAUUUAUGUAGCACUAGAAUCCAAAAUCUACCCCAGCCCAACCCCCCAUUCCCACCCCACUAUCUAAACGCAUCAGAAACAGUAUUAAAAUGCCUAAACUUAAAAGUGGCUUGAUUUCGUGGAAACAGGAGUAUGCACACUGAGGAAACGUCAUUUUAAAACUCAAGAUGAGGAAACACUGAAGGUUUAGGUUAAAAUCUAAUAACAGAGAAACAAAGAAUGAAAUUUAAGAAAUAAUAAAUAAAAUGAAAUGAAAACAACAGUAAAAGAUACUAAAAUAAGAGCACCAAAACAGCUCAAUAAAAUACGAUCCUGUCAUUAAAACUAGAAGAGAUAAAUGCAAAAACACUUAAAGUUAAUGAUAUAAAAUUUAGUUAAAAGCAAGACUAAAAAGGUACAUUUUCAGUUUGCUUUUAAAAUCAUUAAGAUUAGGUGCAGUCCCCAUAAUUUCAAAUCGUUCCUAAAAACACACCUUUUUAAAUUGGCUUUUAACCUGUGAACCGUUCUUUUAUUGUCUUUUCAUAUUGUGUCUUUUUUAACCUUUUACAUUGUUGGUUUUAUUUCUCAAAAUUUUCUGUAUUUUAAAUAGUGUUUUUUUUUCUUUGUAAAGCGUCUUUGAGCGCCUGUAAAAGUGCGCUAUAAAUCAAAAUUAUUAUUAUUAUUAUUAUUAUUAUUAUUAUUAUUAUUAUUAUUAGUAGUAGUAGUAGUAGUAGUAGUAGUAGUAAUAGUAGUAGUAGUAGUAGUAGUGGUAGUUCCAUACUGUUUGUUUUUGCAUGCUUCUUGCAGAUGUUAAGUUUUGCCCAGCAGUCCCCAUAAUAAGAAUCUAGCUCAUCUAAAGCAGUGAUUCUCAACCAUAAGACCCUGACCAAUGCAUGGGAGGUGGGAUCAUUUAUUUAGUCACCUGUACCAGGGACAUCAUUUUAUUUUCGUGCAAAGUCAGAGUAGCAGCAUGCUCACUUACUUAAUCAAUCAAUCAAGCUGGUCAAGACUAAUGCACCCUGGUAGCAAUAAAAUAAAUGUAAUUAUACAGUAAAAUAGAAGUUAUAAAAAUAAGUCAGUGUAAAAAAAUCCUCCAUUUAAAAAUACAUUGAAUAAUAUAGAAAUAUAAAAAUAAGCAAUUAAAAGUAGAUAAAAGAACUAAGAUAGGAAAUAAAUGUCGAUGUUGCUUGAUUGCAGCAGGUAACAGCUUGUCCCAUCACUGUAUGUAUUCAGAGGCUGCACCACAGCUUCACUGGGUGGGGCAACUAACAGUUUGUGGGUAUUGCAUAUUGAUUUCAACGACAUAUUCUGAGAAGAUGUGAAGCAUUUUGAUUUUGUAAGUUACUUUUAGGGUAUUAUUGCCUUUAUUGAUGGGCCAGCUCAGUGGAGGCAGACCGAGGCAAAAUGUGUCGGUCUCCUUUCUGUGGAUUAAUAUCAUAUAACAUGUGUGUUAACUGAAUCUUUCACAUAUUUAUUGAAGUAGAAGUAUAAAGUAGCAUAAAAUAUUGAUACGCUGGUAAAGUCCUAAUUCCUAAUCCACUCUUUAACUUUUUAAAGCUGUAAAUAGAUGCCUGCAGAUCCUUUGAAUGCUGAUUCAUUAGGAAUAACAUGAUUAAAAAGCUUGAUUCAAGGCACUAGACUCUCUGAAUCACCAUAAUAUGGGUUUAUUUUUACCCACACGCAGGAUGAGCAUCCAGACCAUCAGAAACGUGUUCAGUGUGGACACCGGCUACCGCCUGUCAGAUGACCAGAUGGUGAACCACUUCCCCAACCACUAUGAGCUGACCAGGAAGGACCUGAUGAUCAAGAACAUCAAACGCUACCGCAAGGAGCUGGAAAAAGAGAGUAGUCCACUGGCAGAGAAGGACGAGAACGGGAAAUACAUUUAUUUAGGUAUUUAACAGCACUUCAUACGACACAGAGAGGCCUUUCGCUCUAAAUACUUAGGUUUUUCUCCUCUGUUUGCUUUUCAGAUUUUGUCCCUGUGACGUUCAUGCUCCCGGCAGAUUAUAAUCUCUUUGUAGAGGAGUUUCGUAAAAACCCGUCCAGCACUUGGAUCAUGAAGCCCUGUGGGAAGGCCCAGGGCAAAGGCAUCUUUCUCAUCAACAAACUGUCCCAGAUCAAAAAGUGGUCCAGAGACAGCCGCACGUCCACGUGAGUCCUGGAUGACACCAUCCAAACACAGCCAGAAAUCCCUUCACAAGGGGUAGUUAUAGCAUGAAUAUGUCUCUCCCUUCCUUUUUCUUUGGUAAAAAUGAAGCAGCAGCUAGAGUUCUGAUCUCCACUCAGUUAGCGCAGAAAAGUUCUUAAGGUUCACACCUCAAAAUUUAUGACUAAUAGGUUGUCUUCUUCUGUUUUGCUUUCAGUUUUGUUGCAGCAGCUAGCGGUAAGGAAGCCUAUGUAAUCUCUCUGUAUAUCGACAACCCUCUGCUGAUUGGAGGGAAGAAGUUUGACCUGCGUCUCUAUGUCCUGGUGACCACAUACCGGCCUCUGAAGUGCUACAUGUAAGUCCAAGAUUAAAUUUGAUUUGUGUCGUAUACUAACACAAUCAAAUUACCAAGAUGAAACUGAUGACUGUGUAUUUAAAGUUUUUAAAGCCUGUAAUUACCAUAAAGGGGGCGGUGUCAGUUCAGAUGAUUAACAGCACUCUGCUGAGACAGACAUUUUUUCCACUUCUAUUCUUCAUCUUUUUAAAAAAAUAUUCUGUUCUUUUUGAUUCAUUGCAGGUGAUUUAUCCAACAGUUAAAAGAAGGCAGGCUGUUAUAUUUUUAUCAUAAAACACAAAUUCAACAAGUACAGGACAAAAUCAGUAAAGUGGUAAAACUUUGUCAACAGGGGGCACUAAAAGUAGCACAGACAAAAAGUUCCUUACAGUAGCUUUGUGCUGUGGUGCUCACAUUACAAUUUUUUUUUCAGCAUUAAAACUUAGUCAUUAGUUGGUUGGUUAGUUGGUUAAAUAGAAUAACUGCAGACUGUUUUGUUGUUGGGUUAAAAAGUGACAGUCUAGCUUCGGAGAUAAUAACAGCUGUUUACUUCUCCUCUCUUCACAUUAUGGAUAAAACAGUUAUGGGAUCAGUUAAGAAAACAGCCGUUAGCUGAAUCAGUACUAUUGAAAAUGUUGUGCUCCAGCUCCUAAUUGAACUCUCUGUCUCUGUCUCUGUCUCUCUUUCUCUUUGAUUUAAUCCUCAGGUAUAAGCUCGGCUUCUGCAGGUUCUGCACAGUGAAGUACACACCCAGCACCAGUGAGCUGGACAACAUGUUUGUUCACCUCACCAACGUGGCCAUCCAAAAACAUGGGGCAAGUACAAAAGAAGUGUUUGAACUCAACUUUUUCUAAGUUAUGUUGUUAGUUAGUUUGCUAAUUUAUCUUGAAUAUUAAAGGUUUAUUUCACCAAUUUAUGACUGCCUUUCUAUAUGAAUUUUAGCCAUGUAGCAUCAGUCAAGCUCCAAAAAAGCUCCUCUUUUUGUUAAUAUUCUCUCUCCAGGUUCUUUUGCAACAGCGCAAGCAAGACAGCAUAUUUAAACAUGGUUUUUAAAUGUGUACCCCUAACACAGGAUGACUAUAACCACGUCCAUGGAGGCAAGUGGACAGUCAGUAACCUCCGUCUGUACCUGGAGAGCACCAGAGGGAAGGAGGUGACCAGUCGACUCUUUGACCAGAUACACUGGAUCGUGGUGCAGUCGCUCAAGGCUGUGGCUGUAAGUAAAUACAAUAUACACUGAUAGCAAUAGCAUACAAAACUAUAAGUUACAACUAAAGAACUACAUUAUCUUUAUGUUGAUGCUCUUGUUUGUUUUUGUGGGUCAUCACAAGGUGUCUGCAUUCAUUUUACUCUUUAAUAACUGAUUGAAACUCCUCUCAGUAGCUUUAAGAGCACUACAAAUACAGUAAUAAAAGUACAGGUUGAUAUCAUAAUGCAGAAAUAAAAACACUAAAAUCAAAAAAAGUAUGAAACACUAUUAAAAGACAGACUUGAUCUAUAGGACAAUAGUUUACAUCUAGAUAUAUCAAAAAUGAUGUUAGUGUCUUUUGGACUCCACUAGAGGUCUCCUCUGCUCCCUGUACGUGGAUGUCAUAUGUUUUGUCACUUAUUUGUACCUGUGUUGUCCAUAUUUAGAACGUUAAGUGACAUAAUUUCAUUCCCAAAUGUCAACCCUUCGAUAGCUCAGUUGGUAGAGCGGAGGACUGUAGUGGAAAUAUCAGACAUCCUUAGGUCGCUGGUUCAAAUCCGGCUCGAAGGAGUGACUUUUAAAACUCAUCUAGAGUCAAACCAGACACUGCCGGAGCAACCUGUGACCCUCAAGAACAUAUAAUCAAUAGCAUAAAUAUAGAGUCACUUAACUUAGUGGCAUUUUAUUAUUUUGAAUACUCAGUGAGGAAUAGCUCAUAGGUCAUGUGACCAAAACUGACACCCCCAUUGCACUCCAGUGUCCCCUUCGAUAGCUCAGUUGGUAGAGCGGAGGACUGUAGUGGAAAUGUCAGACAUCCUUAGGUCGCUGGUUCAAAUCCGGCUCGAAGGAGAGAUCUUUUAAAACUCAUCUAGAUUUAAAAAAGACUGCCAGACCAACCUGUGACCCUAGAGAACAUGUAAUAAAUAACAUAAAUAUAAGUCACUUUACUUAGUGGUAUUUUAUUAUUUUGUAUACUCAUUGAGGAGUAGCUCAUAGGUCAUGUGAACAAAACUGACACCCCCACCACACCCUAGUGUCCCCUUCGAUAGCUCAGUUGGUAGAGCGGAGGACUGUAGAAGGUACACUCAGUCAGUGGGCUGGUAAUAGACAUCCUUAGGUCGCUGGUUCAAAUCCGGCUCGAAGGAGUGACUUUUGAGCAAAGUGUGUUUUCGUUUCCCUGGUCACAUACAGGAUAUAAGUAUUAUUAAAAGUCUGCAUGAGGUUCAAUAUGCAGCAGAUAAAAUCAGUAAUGCUUUCUACUGCAUGCACCAGAAACAUGAAGUAACUCAUUAACUAGCACCAGUUAAGUCAACAUGCUAUAUUUGAAUAAAUAAUCUUAAGUAAACAGUCCUGUUUUCAGCUUUUUUACUUUUCUGAAUAGUUUAUUCAUUUCACAGCAUUUUUUCUGCUUUUCUAAAACAUUUAAAUGUGGACAGCAGGAUAGCUACAUUGAACACUGUUUUUUAAAUGGAUCUCCAGCAGCCACUGGUUUAUGGAAUAAUGUAAAUAGAGAUCAGAUAUAAAACUAUUAAACCAGCACACUCCCUUAUAUUAAUCAAAAGAGGGAAGUGUGACUAAAAGCACAAUAUUUCUUUCAGGAAAAUAAAGCAGAAUAGAAAUGAAAACACCCCAAAACAAAGACAAAUGUAAGUUGAGAUUUAUAGUGUCACUGCGUGCUGGAUGUGAAAGUCUGUUGUGGUGCAGCCACACAGUUAAAAAUGUGCACAAAAACAGAAAUGUUGAUGCAGCCAGUGAAAGUGUUUUCUUACUCUGUUCCUUUUGGGGUUGUGCUGUUGGUAUUUAGCUUACUAUUUCAAACACACAGCUGUAGAAACACCUCAACGGGAAAGGUGCAAGGCAUUGCACACUUCCCUUUUCACCAAAAUGAUCUGACUCACUUCCUCCCUCAGGCCGCUUCACACUUGUUACAAAAGUCGCCUCCACAGGUGUAUUUCUAGCUCCCUCUUAAAACUGUUUGAGAAGGAAUCUACCACUACACUUACAAGUCAAAAAACUUUUUCAUACUGCUCAUAUCAACCUGGAUCAAACAAAAGACUGACCUGCAUACAUGUGCUGGCUGACCUAAAAAGAUUGUGACUCCACCCAUAACCAAACAUCCUCUAGACAGGUGUAUUUGAAUCUAAUAUUUAACAAAAACAACCCAUUUAAUUACUUUUAAAUCAGAUAUUUACAUGAGUUUGGUCCUUAGAAUUAAUCAUCUAAACUGAGACUUUCAUUUGUUUGCUUAAAAAUAAGAUUUUGACAUUAAUUAAAAAAUGGCUUCUACAACAAUGUUUAUGAUUUCCUGACCAGCAUCUUUGCCACAAUGUCAACAGGCAGAGAUGAAAUGUAUCCAAGUUUCUUUCUGCAUUUUGAUUUGAUAUGAUGUGUGUGUUUGUUAUUAAAAAUUGCUCACUGUUGUUGUGUGGAUUUGACCAAUCAGAAUCAAGUAUAUAACACAGCCUGGUCAUAAUGUCACCUGUAAUGUGGGUUAAUUCUUCUUUCUGAUCCAGUCUUUCCUCUUUUUCCAGCCUGUGAUGAACAACGAUAAGCACUGUUUCGAGUGUUACGGGUAUGACAUCAUUAUUGAUGACAAGCUGAAGCCAUGGCUCAUAGAGGUGAGUAAUAAAUAAGAGACAGUACUCACAAACACACCCACACACUCACGUUAUGUUGUUUAAUUGACUUUAAACAGACCUGUGUGGUGUCAUCUUUGCCUCAUCCUGAAAGUUGUACAAUUAGCCAAGCCUAAAAUCACUUAACAUGCUUGCACGAUGACGCCUCCUGUGUUUGGCAACUUUAGAUGCCCUGAAGGCUAAUCUUUGUGUUUGCCGCUCUGUGUUGAAAUCUCUACUUAAGGUGUGUCUAUUGUUGCUCCAACGGUGCUUGGAUAGGGUAAAGCAGCAGGGUACAGACUAUUUCCUAGUGUGUAUGCAGAAAUGCAUGGCUCAGUCAGAAGUUCAUUGAUUUUUACAUUUUCACUGUUUCUCUAAUUAAUACUUUUCAUAUCUACUUUCAGUGCGAUGACAUGCUGAAUUUUCUAGGCUAGGUCUGAACUAUUUCUGCUAACAGACACCAAUCUGAUCUAUUUUGGGUGGCACAGAACAAGUUUUAGGACAUAAACGGUCCUCAGUGAGCAACUGGGUAAAAACCUGUGCCACAAAACCAGUCAAGAACUCUUUCCAUGUUUCUGCGAAUAUUCCUGCAACACUAUAUUCAAGCAGUCAGCUCUCUUGAACAGGUCACAUGCCACAAGAUUCAAAUAAAUGGGUGCCAAACACAAUUUGUCCCUCUCUUUCUCUGUGUCCCUUUCAGGUCAACGCCUCUCCCUCUCUGACCUCCAGCACAGCCAACGACCGCAUCCUGAAGUACAACCUCAUCAACGACACUCUCAACAUAGUCAUGCCCAACGGGGAGAUCCCAGACUGCCGCUGGAAUCGCAGCCCGCCCAGAGAGGCUCUUGGCAAUUAUCAAGUUCUGUGAGUGCCAAAGAAAUCUACCACAAACUAGCUGAAAUUAAACAAGCACACUGGGUCACAUAGAGCGCAUGAGUAUCAGUCACAGGUUAGGAUUUGCUUUAGUUCUGCAUGUGUUUGUACCCUUCGAUAGCUCAGUUGGUAGAGCGGAGGACUGUAGUGGAUACACCUUGUGAAAGGUCUGACCGUAGUAAUCCUUAGGUCGCUGGUUCAAAUCCGGCUCGAAGGACAGGUUCUUUUUAGUCCAGAUUAGAGAUGGUUCAGCAGUGUGUAGAUUUCAUAAUUUAAGGGAUAUUCUGGUGUCAAAUUAAUUUAGGGUCAAACACACCGUAACAACGAGUUAGACACCCCCUCGAAAGAUGAAUGUUGCCGACCACUUGCUUCUCUAGUUAUACCAACUUUAGUAACAACCACAGGAUAGCAAUACACAGCGGUCUGAAGAGCCAUAAACAAAACGCCACUCUAUAGCCACAAAUAAUACUCAGAACAGCACCUAACUUCAUCAACAGUACAUAUAGGGUCCUAGUCACAGCACUAUCCACCAAACAUCUUUUUAGCUUCACCUAAUUUCUUUAGCAAAGUGGUCGGCAGCAUUCUUCUCUCGAGGGGGUGUCUAACUCGAUGUUACGGUGUGUUUGACCCUAAAUUAAUUUUACUCCGGUACAUCCCUUUAACAUUUCUGAAAUAUGCUUGAGUCAGUAUUCAGGACAAAUUUGUCCUGUUCUCUUUAUUGAUUUACUUGUAAGGAAUGGAGUGAACCCACAUAAAGCAAGUACUGAGCUGCAGAUUCUCUGAAAAUUCUUUUUUAACAGGUAGAAAUCAAGUAGGAGAACAUUCUCGCAGGAUAACCAUCUACCUGAACUUGCAGAGAUAAAGAGAGAAAACCUUCGCUCUCAAAAAUAGGAUAGGUUUUUUUCCCCUUGGAGCUAGGACAGAGGCCUGGUAAUUAAAGGCUCUCUCUCUGCCUCACUACUUUUGAAAAUUAUAGUCAUUAUGACUGUGCCAGCAUCUUGCAGGUCUUAUUUUCUGGGGUAUUUACAUGCAUUCAUGAGCUGUUUAUGAUAUAAUCUUCACUGACCAUGAAGCUGUCUGUAUCUCCUCAUCCUAAUUCUACACUGAGGUAUGAGUUCAAAAGUGGGAGAAAACUAAAUGUAUGUGUUUUCUUUAAUAAAUUUUUCUGUACUGGUGAGAUUAUUUGCUUAAUGUUCAUCAAAUUCUCAUUUUCCUGGUUGUGCCAAGAAGCAAUAGUGUAUCCCUUCGAUAGCUCAGUUGGUAGAGCGGAGGACUGUAGUGGUUACACCCAGGAUAUGAUCUGGUCAUGGGAAUCCUUAGGUCGCUGGUUCAAAUCCGGCUCGAAGGAGAUGGUUUUAUGUGCUCAGGAUAGUAUUGUAAGACAAAAAUUGUGGUACAACUUCACUAACUUCCAAGGUGCUUGGAGAUAGAAGUAUCUGAAAGAGAUCGAAAGAGCUCCAGCAACACUUGUAGUUCAGGAAAACAGCGUUAUUUGACAGACGUGUUUCGGCUCGUGGCCUUCAUUGGGGUCAUCCAGGGGCAUUAUUUACAAUCCCUGUGUCUGUUUAACAUUACCUCCAGAUAAUCAGCUGUGAUUUUCGGCUGAGUACAACAGCAAAGUUGUAAUGCCAUAAAAAAGCUGCAUGGCUAAAAAGUCUCUCCUUCGAGCCGGAUUUGAACCAGCGACCUAAGGAUUUCAGGCAUUUCCACUACAGUCCUCCGCUCUACCAACUGAGCUAUCGAAGGGAGUAUGCAUGAGGCAACACUCAGUGACAACACAUUCUGAAUAGCGUCAGUACAAUAGAGAGGGUUAAGCCUAGCAGGGGGCUAUUGUUGGAGGAAAGCCCCUUGUUUACAUCCUCUUUGUUAAUUUAAGGGCAGAGAGCGGGGGCUGCAGGAACAUGUCUGUCUUCUCUAACUGACUCCUCUGUCUCUCUUCUUGUCUCUCUUAGCUACGACGAGGAGCAGGCGCAGAGCGAGAAUGCGGAGCGUGAAUUGCGGAGCCGCUCCGGUCAAUCCCUCGGGUCAAAGGGCACCAAGGGGAGCGCAGGCGUUCGCCCCACUGCCGCAACCUGGAAGUGAGGUGAUACUGCUGACCCCUAAAAACUUCCUGUACAUUUUUACAGGACGCAACCGUGUGGCACAGUGGAUAAAAAAAGAACCAUGCAGACUCUUUUUUUAGACUGACUAUUUAGAGGACUGGUCCCUGUCUCUGCUUUUCACUGAUCGAGAGGACAAGGGGGUGAAGACUCUACAGCUGAACGCGAGGAAAGUCAACACUCUUGGGUGGAUGAAUGAGUAACUAAAAGAGUAGAAAUGUAACAGCAACAGCACUGCUCAGUCCCAAAGGAGCUUGUUGAUUGAAAACGAAAAGGAAUCUGUGGGAGAACAGCGACUACACAAAUGACAAGGAAGCUGUCAGACCUCUACAUGAACAAUCUUUAAUUCAACGUGGCAAAGGAGACUUGUAUGAACGUGAACUAUGCAUGAUUUCUGAGUCCUGACACUUUACCUUGACCCACCACACAGGUGCUAAAAGGAAGGCAACCUUUGAUAUAGACUGGUACUGAAGCGAAAAAAAGAAGUUAAAGAUCCAGCUAAGACAAAGUAUAUGAAGAUAUAGUUUACUGAUAGGACGUAUUUGACGCUCUUAAUGUAUUUAGAGUUUAACUAUGUUUUUUACAAGUGCAUUAUUUGGAUGUAUAAGCAGGGGGGUUUCUUUGACAUGAUUGUAUUGGGUGCUGACUGCACUUUAUUUCUUCAUUUUUCUUUGAAUAUCAAUAGAUAUCACAUGUUUGAGUUGGACCAUAUCUACUGCACAUUAAAAUCUUCAAUGAUAUGUGUUGAUGAUGUAUGAACUCUAAGCUUCUAUUAUUUGUUUCCUGCAACCGAGUGAGUAAACAUAAAAAGAGAUUUCCAAGUGAAUCUUGUAGAGCCCUUUGGAUGUAAUUAAAUCACUGAGGUUAUGAUGAGGUGAUAAUGAAAACAAUAGUGGGCUCAUUUCAUGUUCUACCUGACUUAGAUUCAUUGAGCUUUCUCAAGCAUCCAUAAAGGCAAAUCUUGAUUAAUGCGCCACCAAAAAGGAAAGGUAUAUUAUCUGUUUUAGUCCUCAUGAGAUGACAUGGUUUUAAAAUGUUGCUGUGAAAAGAUUGUACUGACAGAUUCUACACAAAAAUGUAGGAUCUGUCCUCAGAGAUCUGGACUUUCAGCAUGGAGAGUGCUCUGGUUUCUGUCUGUAGUCUGAGUAGUGUUGAUCAAACAUGUAUGGAGAAGAAAAGCAGGUGGAAAGUACCACUCUUUAUUUAUUCAUCUCUUUACAGAGAUAUCCACAUGCAAGUGCAGCUAAAAGUCCAACAUAACCGCCUGAGCAACAAAUCUGCUCAAAGCUGCAAAGGCCAGACUUUCUUUACUGCAUCAGAAAAAAUGGAUCGGAAGUUAACAUCUUUACUUUUACAAACCUGCAUCAUGAUAUUGUCAUUUCAGGUUAAGACCUGAACAUUUUUUUUUUUGUAAAUCACAAUAAAAUAGGUUUCUUCUCCUCUGAAGUAUGCCAGAAUGAAACGUGUGUGUCUGCUGGGGGGCUGAGACCUGCCAGUACUUAAAACAGAGGUUGUAAUGGACUGAGGAAUGACAGCAUGUAGGUUUCAGACCUUAUGCAGAGCAGUAAAGAAAAUCUUGGCUGGAAGUUGUUUUUGUAACAGCUGGCUGCAUUGGAAUGACUGAAAAGUUGGCAUCUGUUCCCAGACGCUCAUCACCUCUUAUGGUCGUGAUGGAUAAUGAUUGCCAAUAAGUUCUGGGACUGAAUGUGAAACAACAAAAAGGAGGAGAUAACCAGUUACACUGAACAUUUUUUUUUCUUUUUGCCUCCUUUACUUGAUAAAGCUUGAUUGAAUGCAUUUGAAUAAUGGUACCAAUUGUUUUUAUAGUCCCUCUGUAGUGAAGGGUCCUGAAGCCUUUGAUGAAUCUAAUCCGUCUGGAUUUAGAUCAAUCAGAAGUGGACCCUACAAAAGGCAAAAGAGUUUUAUGUUCCUGUUGUUACCAUGGCAACAAAACAUGUCACUACAGGGUACUGUUUCUACACCUUAAAAUAUGCAACGCUACACCACCACCAACUUGAUCCCUCCAGAAUCUUCACCAGGAACCCUCAAGUAUUUAAAAAAAAAAAAACAUUUACCUAUCAACCUUUCUAAACAAUUCAUAACUUUCAUUUUAUUUAGCAAUUUGUUAAUCCUUUCAAGUUAAAUUUAAGCAGAAGCAAAAAUGAGCAAAGCAAAAUAGUAUAAAGGUGAAACACACAUCUCUAGAAUAGAUGUAGUUGAUCUCUAUUCAGAUCAAAGAAUCAGUUUAUAGCUCUCACAUGAGCAAAGACUGUGUACUUGUGGUUAUACAAGUCAAUAUAAGACUCUAUUUUUAACUUCCUGUUUCUCAAUAGCUACCGUGUGUAUUUUUGUUUCAAAUGUAGUAUUUGUUUUCUCAUACUCACAUUAUCACAUGCUUGAUGUUUUUUUGCAUGAGCAAGCAAGCUUUUAGUUUGCAUAGAAACAUGUACCUUAUUUACUGUCACUACGUAGAUAUCAACAUGUUUAACCUUUGAAUCAUAGAUAUUUGUCACCAUAAAAACACAUUUUUAAGAUCUGAUCACCAUCAACUAUCCCAGGACCCUUAAAAUGUGUGCUGCUUGGUUGUAUUCUUCAGCCCAUUAGAAGAACUUUUGAACCACUGUCACCACAGUAUCAGCCAGAAGGUAAAGCUCUAGGUGUUGUAGCAUAAUGAAGCAAUUCUUAACAUCAAUUUAGGAACUGAAGAGAGUUUAUUCUACAUUAAAUUUCUCUGCUGACCCGUACUUGCCUUUCUCAGGCCCCCACAGGGCCUCAGACCUCACACUGGGAACCAGCGCCUCCGGGUACCUCAGCCCCAGAAACUUUCAGGGGACGUGACGUCAGACUGCCGCGCCUCUCGGUACUUUGAGUAAAGUUUGACAGUUAAACUAUUUCGAGACCGGAAAUGUGAGAAAUUCAAAAUAAUGUUCACACGUGCCGAAACC